AUGAUGAGCUUCAUCUCAAGGCCACACAUUUUGGAACAUUCGACACUACUGGAAAUGGCUCCAAAACUACCUCCUCCACCGCCUCCUCCUAAAGGCAAUCGUUCAGAUGGAAGAAGAGGACCUCCCCCACCACCUCCGCCUCCUAAUGCAAGGAUACCUCCUCCGAAUGGGAGGCAUGUUGCAAUGCCAGUAAGAGUCCCACCACCACCUCCGCCACCGCAGAAUGGCAUUCAGCGGCCAGCAAAAAUGAUGAAGACAGAAAGCUCCAAAAAAUCAGAUGAAGAAGAGAAGCUGGAUACAAGGGCGAAAAUGACCACCCAGCAGCAUUUAGACAGUUCGUUUGUAAAUGCAAAACUGGGCAAACAGAAUCGGGGAUUGGUCCAGCCCAUAAAGACAGAACUACCUCCAGAGCAUUUGAGAAAAAUUAUGAUCAACCAUGGUGAUCUCUCAUCGAACAAGGUAGCUUCGGACAAGAGAUCACACUUGGGUUCUUUAAAAUACAUGCCACAUGCGAUAUUAAAGCUUCUUGAGAACAUGCCGCAACCAUGGGAAGCAUCCAGGGAAGUGAAAGUGCUAUAUCACAUCACAGGUGCCAUCACUUUUGUUAAUGAAAUCCCUCGAGUAAUCGAGCCAGUAUACACUGCUCAAUGGGCUACCAUGUGGAUAAUGAUGCGCAGAGAGAAACGGGAUCGGAAACACUUCAAGCGAAUGCGCUUUCCUCCUUUCGAUGACGAGGAACCUCCUAUAGACUGGAUGGAAAACAUAGAAGACGUUACGCCCCCAGAACCCAUACAGCCUGAUUUGGAAGAAGAUCCUCGUUUUAGCCAGAUAGAUUGGAUUUUCGACGAUAAACCUUUCAUUGAAGACAGAAAUGUGGUCAAUGGCGAUUCUUACAAGAGUUGGAAUUUGGAUGUAGCUACUAUGGCAACGCUCUAUAAGCUAGCCCAGCCGUUACUUCCUCAUGUGACCGAUGCGAACUACUACUACUUGUUUAACAAGGAGGCAUUCUUCACAGCUAAAAGCUUGAAUAUGGUGGUCCCUGGUGGACCAAAAUUUGAGCCUCUUUUCAAAAUCGAUCGAGACAAGGAGGACUAUACGGAAUUCAACUCCUUGGAUCGCAUCAUAUUCAGAGUACCGAUAAGAACAGAAUAUCGAAUUGCUUAUCCGCACUUGUAUAAUUCAUUUGUCAAAAAUGUCCAUCCCUGCUGGUUCCAUGAUCCAAUAAACAAUUUUGUGGUUCACCGUGACGAUGAGGCAUCUGAUUCUGCAUUUUUAUUCUCCGAAGAAUACAACCCAAUAGUUCCUCACAAAUUUUCAACUACAAAGGCAGAAUCUAAGCUCUUAGAUUUUGAUAUCAACGAGAUCAACGGUAAUAUAAAUCUAUCUCCUUUUAUGGCCACAGACAAUGAGGGUGAAGAGUUACGUAUCGAACCGGAUAAUGCAAAAGCUGCACUUGAUUUAUGGUGGGCACCAUAUCCAUUCAACCGUCGCUCAGGAAAAACAAUCAGGGCGCAAGAUGUCGCACUUGUGAAAUCAUGGUACAAGGAGAGACCACCUUCGAAUGUUCCAACUAAAGUGCGUGUAUCAUAUCAGAAGCUAUUGAAAACUUACGUUUUGAAUGAACUCAAAAACCCACCUGGGUCAAAGAGUGGUUCAAAAGCAGCAAACCAAAAGAAAGUUCAUCUUCUCAAGAGUUUGAAAGCGACAAAAUAUUUCCAGCAGACAACCAUUGAUUGGGUUGAGGCCGGUUUACAAAUAUGUCGUCAAGGUCAUAACAUGCUAAAUCUUUUACUUCAUAAACGUGGGUUAACAUACCUCCAUCUCGAUUACAAUUUCAACUUGAAACCAACAAAGACCUUGUCUACCAAAGAAAGGAAGAAAUCUCGCUUUGGUAACGCAUUCCAUAUGAUACGAGAGCUAUUGCGCAUUAUUAAAAUCAUUGUCGAUUCUCAUGUUCAGUUUCGUAUAGGUAACAUCGAUGCGUUUCAGCUAGCAGACGGCAUUUACUAUAUUUUGAAUCAUUUGGGGCAGUUGACAGGAAUUUAUCGCUAUAAGUAUAAAGUUAUGCACCAAAUUCGAGCAUGCAAAGACCUCAAACAUGUUGUUUACUCGAAUUUCAAUAACAAGAUAGGUAAGGGACCUGGUUGUGGGUUUUGGCAGCCAGCCUGGAGAGUUUGGUUGUCGUUUAUUCGAGGACUAAUCCCAUUACUUGAACGGUGGCUAGGAAACCUUUUAGCAAGACAAUUUGAGGGCAGAAGGAGUAAUGAUGUCGUCAAAACAGUCACAAAACAAAGAAUUGACUCAUAUUAUGAUCUCGAACUACGUGCUCAAGUUAUGCAUGAUAUCUUAGACAUGAUUCCAGAAGGGUUGAAACAAAGCAAGUCUGCUUUAAUUUUGCAACAUUUAAGUGAAGCAUGGCGGUGCUGGAAAGCCAAUAUUCCAUGGAAGGUGCCCGGAUUACCCAAGCCAAUCGAAGAUAUCAUUGAGCACUACAUUAAAGCGAAAGCGGAUGGAUGGAUUGCGAUCGCCCAUUACAACCGUGAGAGAAUCAGACGUGGAGCUACGGUCGAAAAAACUGUUGUAAAAAAGAAUUUGGGAAGACUCACCAGAUUAUGGAUCAAGAAUGAACAAGAACGGCAGAACAACUUUGCCAAAGAGGGUCCUUACGUUUCGCCCGAUCAAGCUGUUAUUAUUUUCCAGACCAUGGUGAAUUGGCUUGAGAGCAGAAAGUUCAACCCAAUACCCUUUCCUCCGAUAUCAUACAAACAUGAUACAAAGCUCUUGGUUUUAGCGUUGGAGAACUUGAAGGAAAGCUACAACGCUAAUGCUAGGUUGAAUUCUGCACAAAGGGAAGAGCUUGCAUUGAUAGAACAAGCUUACGACAAUCCGAACGAAUGUUUGGCAAGAAUUAAGAAAUACUUGCUUACUCAAAGAAUUUUCAAAGAGGUUGGUUUGGAAAUGAUGGAUCACUAUGAUCAUCUUGUACCGACUUAUGCCAUUGAUCCCCUUGAAAAAAUAACAGAUGCUUAUUUAGAUCAAUAUUUAUGGUAUGAGGCAGAGAAGCGACUGCUCUUUCCAAAUUGGGUAAAGCCGUCAGAUGAUGAAAUCCCUCCCUUGCUUGUCUACAAGUGGUGCCAAGGUGUGAACAAUUUGGAAGAUGUUUGGAGCACUUCAAGGGGCGAAAGCAAUGUGAUGCUUCAAACAUCUUUGAGCAGAGUGGCAGAAAAUAUUGACUUUACAAUGCUUAAUAGGCUCCUUCGAUUGAUUACAGAUCCAAACAUUGCUGACUAUAUUACUUCAAAGAACAAUGUCUCGCUCUCAUAUAAGGAUAUGAAUCAUGUGAAUCAGUUUGGUUUGAUCAGAGGUCUUCAAUUUGGUUCUUUCAUUUAUCAGUACUAUUGUUUGGCAAUUGACUUAUUGAUCCUAGGAUUGGAUCGUGCCACCGAGCUAGCUGGUCCCGUGCAGCAACCAAAUCCCUUCCUUCACUUUAAAGAUGCGAAGACUGAAACGGCUAAUCCCAUCAGGCUUUACUGCAGAUAUCUUGACAAAGUUUACAUUUUCUUCAGGUUCAAUAAGGAAGACGCGGAUGGCUUGGUGCAAGAUUUUUUAAGGGAAAACCCGGACCCAAAUUUUGAGAAUGUCGUUGGCUACAACAAUCAUAAAUGUUGGCCUAAGGACUCGAGAAUGAAACUCAUGAGGUCAGAUGUCAAUUUGGGUAAGGCAACGUUUUGGGAGAUUUCUGGCAGGGUUCCAAGCUCGAUCACGAAGAUGGAAUGGGAGAACACAUAUGCUUCUGUGUACUCUCCCGAAAAUCCUAACCUUUUAUUCUCCAUGUGCGGUUUUGAAGUUAGAAUUUUGCCAAAGUGCCGUAUGUCUGAAGAUUCUUCUUCACAAGAAGGUGUAUGGGAUCUUGUUAAUCAAAGUACAAAGGAAAAAACAGCGAAGGCUUACUUACAAGUCUCAAGGGAAGAGGUUGAUAAAUUUCAGAAUAGAAUCAGACAAAUAUUGAUGUCUUCGGGUUCAGCUACAUUUACUAAAGUGGCAGCAAAGUGGAAUACGGCUUUGAUAUCACUUUUUGCAUAUUUCAGAGAAGCCACGGUUGCUACUGAAUCUUUGCUUGAUAUUCUUGUCAAGUGUGAGACAAAGAUACAAAAUAGAGUCAAAAUGGGUCUCAAUUCGAAAAUGCCUUCUCGAUUCCCUCCCGCCGUAUUCUACACACCAAAAGAACUUGGGGGCUUGGGAAUGCUUAGCGCAUCUCAUAUUUUAAUCCCAACGUCGGAUUUGAAGUGGUCAAAACAGACUGAUACAGGAAUAACUCAUUUCAGAGCCGGAAUGACACACCAAGAAGAAAGGUUGAUUCCAACGAUAUUUCGGUAUAUUACGACUUGGGAAAAUGAAUUUUUGGAUUCUCAAAGGGUUUGGGCAGAGUAUGCAAUUAAACGUCAAGAAGCUGCUGAACAGAGCCGUCGACUUACAUUCGAGGACAUGGAAAGCAGUUGGGAUAGAGGUCUUCCUAGAAUAAGCACACUAUUCCAAAAAGACAGACAGACCUUAGCAUACGAUAAGGGCCAUAGAGUUAGGCGUGAGUUCAAGCAGUUCAGUUUAGCAAGGUACAAUCCAUUUUGGUGGACUAAUAACCAUCAUGAUGGAAAAUUAUGGAACCUAUCUGCCUAUAGAACAGACGUGAUUCAAGCUUUGGGAGGUAUCGAAACCAUUCUUGAGCAUACUUUGUUUAAAGGCACCGGUUUUGACUCUUGGGAAGGAUUAUUCUGGGAAAAAGCAUCUGGCUUCGAGGACUCUUUGAAAUUCAAAAAAUUGACAAAUGCCCAACGUUCGGGUUUGAGUCAGAUCCCUAAUCGUCGUUUCACUCUAUGGUGGUCACCUACUAUCAAUAGAGCAAAUGUCUAUGUUGGUUUCUUGGUUCAACUUGAUCUAACAGGAAUUUUCCUUCACGGUAAAAUUCCAACUUUGAAAAUUUCAUUGAUUCAAAUAUUCAGAGCACAUUUGUGGCAAAAGAUACACGAAAGCUUGGUCCAAGAUAUUUGCCAAGUUUUAGAUAAAGAGUUGGAAGUCUUACACAUUGACACCGUGGAGAAACAAGCAAUCCACCCUAGAAAAUCAUACAAAAUGAACUCGUCCUGCGCUGAUAUUGUCCUAACAAGCACAUACAAAUGGAACGUCUCUCGACCCUCUCUUCUUAAUGACAGGAAUGAUUCGAUGGACAGUGCUACAGCAACUAAAUAUUGGAUUGAUGUGCAAUUGAGAUAUGGAGACUAUGAUUCUCAUGAUAUCUCCAGAUAUACAAGAGCGAAAUUCUUGGACUACACAACUGACAGCGUAAGUGCUUACCCGUCACCAACAGGUGCAAUGGUAGGUGUUGAUCUUGCUUACAAUGUUUACGAUGUUUAUGGGAAUUGGUUCAGUGGUUUCAAGCCUUUAAUGCAAAAUGCUAUGAAGGAGAUUAUGAAAGCUAACCCCGCCUUACAUGUGCUUCGCGAACGUAUUAGAAAAGGUCUCCAAUUGUAUCAAUCUCAACCUCAAGUGGCCCUAUUGAACUCGUCCAAUUAUGCAGAGUUAUUCAAUGAUGAAACUCAGCUUUUUAUCGAUGAUACCAAUGUUUACAGAGUGACGGUCCAUCGGACAUUUGAAGGUAACUUGACAACAAAACCCAUUAAUGGUGCUGUGUUCAUGUUGAAUCCGAAAUCGGGCCAGUUAUUUUUGAAGAUCAUCCAUACACUGGUUUGGGCAGGCCAGAAGCGUUUAGGCCAGUUAGCCAAAUGGAAAACGGCAGAAGAGGUAGCAGCGUUGGUACGCUCGCUACCAAGGGAAGAACAGCCAAAGCAAUUAAUCGCUACGAGAAAAGGAGUUAUCGAUCCUCUUGAAGUGCAUAUGCUCGAUUUCCCAAAUAUUGCAAUCCGUUCCUCAGAACUUCAUUUGCCUUUUGCAUCCGCGUUGAAAAUUGAUAAACUUGGAGACGUAGUGUUGAAGGCAGGGGAACCACAGAUGAUGCUUUUCAACUUCUAUGAUGAUUGGUUAACGAGCAUUUCUUCGUAUACAGCAUUUUCGCGUGUGAUCUUAAUUCUUAGGGCGUUGGGAAUCAGCCAAGAGAGAACAAACAUGAUUCUUCGCCCAGAUGCCAGCGUCAUUACACAAAGUCAUCACAUCUGGCCAACAUUGACUGACGAACAAUGGAUAGAUGUCGAGACUCAACUCCGAGACUUGAUCCUAAACGACUACGCAAAGAAGAAUAAUGUGAAUGUCCAAUCAUUAACGCAAUCUGAAAUUAGAGAUUUGAUCCUUGGACAAGAGAUUAGGGCUCCAUCCGCAAAGCGACAACAAAUUGCGGACAUCGAAGCUAAUAAGAAGGAUGAUAAUGGAAUUGCGAAUGCACAAGAGCAAUUAACUGCUUUAAAGACUACUACUCACAAUGUUCAUGGUGAAGAAAUAACAACGAUCACUACUACGAAUUAUGAACAGCUGAAUUUCAGCUCCAAAAACGAAUGGAGAAACCGUGCUAUUGCAGCCAAUAAUUUGCACUUAAGAACCAAGAAUAUCUUUGUUUCAUCGGAAGAUUUCGUGGAUGAUGAUAGCAUCACUUACAUCAUGCCGAGAAACAUACUUAAAAAGUUUGUUCAGAUUUCUGAUGUAAGGACCCAAAUUGGUGCCUAUAUAUAUGGAACAUCACCAGAGGACAACAUUCAGAUCAAAGAGGUAAAAGCUAUAGUCUUGGUCCCUCAACUCGGUAACUCACACUCGAUUCAAUUUCCAUCAAAACUUUUCAACAAGAGUAACAACGAAUAUCUUUCAAACCUUGAACUUUUAGGAUGGAUUCAUACACAAAACAAUGAUUUGAACAUGUUGAGUCCAAUUGAUGUCACAACGAUGUCGAAUUUCCAUAAAAAUAACGAAGACUUAUGGAAUAGGAACCUCGUGGGGAUGACUGUGUCAUUCACGCCAGGAUCAGUUACGUUAGCAGCUUACAGUCUUAAUGAUGAAGGUUACCAAUGGGGCUAUACAAACAAAGACAUGAUUUCCAAUGCGCCUCAGGGAUUCAGCCCCACAUUCAGCAAAAAGGAACAACUAAUUCUUUCCGAUAAAAUCGUGGGUACCUUUUUGGUCCCAGAUGAUGGACUCUGGAACUACUCUUUCAUUGGACCAGUUUGGGACCCUAACGGCUCAUUCGACUUGAAGAUUGAUAUUCCUAUCUCCUUUUACGAUCAAUCACAUCGCCCACUUCAUUUCACAACUUUCAGUGAGAUUGAAGGAAACGAAUUGGAAGCCACACAAGAAGACAAUUUUGCAUAG